AGACCAGCGUCGGACGUCGUAGUAAACGGUUUAACUGACGAGCGAGUCAACGAAACUUUCGCACGUGAAGUGACUGUGUGCUCGGUGUUACCGGAAGUAUGUGAAAAUACUCUGAUAAUUAUUGUUAUUUUAUAAAAAAAUUGAGUUAUUUUAAGUAAUUGUUUGCGAUUUCUGUGAAAAGUGAGCAGACUUUCUUCCCACAGAUGUUUCUAUUAACGAUUUAGAAUGUUGAGAUCAAAAAAGAGGAUACAUCACAAGAAAUACAAAGUGCGUUAAGCCAUUUGGUAGUGAUCACGAUGGUGGACGAAGGGCGACGAGACCCGUCCAAGCGAGUCGUUCGAAAAAUGGAACCUCCAAUUAUAGAAGAACCACAUUGUUGCUUACUUUCUGGUAAAGAGGACAACCAACUAUUUUGCUGCCGGUGUGCCCAUAAAAGGCGUCCGUCACCUCUUACAUGCUUAGCAGUAUGUUUCCUAGUUCUCACCUAUAAUAUUAUGGGUGGAUUUAUAUUCUUAACUCUAGAAGGCCCUACCGGCUCAGCAGAAGAGACAUCAGUAGCUGCGUCCAAACCUAAUUUAAGCCAAACUCAGAACGGUGAUCUUCGGUCCAAGACGGUUGAACGUCUCUGGUCAAUAACAGAAGAUUUGAAUAUAUUGUAUAAGGAAAAUUGGACAAAACUAGCAGCAAAAGAACUAAUGGAUUUUCAAAAGGUUUUAAUGACGACAAUAAGAAAGACAGAUACACCUAACAUGUCCCGAACCUAUGACCCUAACGACUAUCGUUGGACAUUUGCUGGCAGCUUUCUCUAUGCUUUGACCUUGAUUACUACUAUUGGUCAUGGAAGUGUUACUCCAAAGUCAUCAACUGGAAAAAUUGUGGCAAUAGCGUAUGCCUGUGUCGGAAUACCCAUCAUAAUGCUUUACCUCUCAACUGUAGGUGAAGCACUUGCGAGAAACUUUCGUGCGCUCUACUCAAAACUUUGUCCGGCGCGACUUAAGAGCAGAGACUUCCAUUCUAAGGCUGACUGCAUUAGACGCUAUUCAGGGUCAGGUGUUGAGUGCCGACAAUUUGCUGAAUGUCAUAGGCAAGAAAAACUUUUAGAGCGUCAAAAGAGAACGCCGUUCCAAGCGGCAUUGAAUCUUGAUAGUUUUAAUGGAGGAUAUCAUUGGACAUGUCAGAACCACACGCGAGUGCCAAUUAUUUUAAGUCUACUACUUAUUAUCUUAUAUAUAACCUUAGGUACGUUUGUUUUUCAAACAACGGAAAAAUGGAAUCUUGUCGAUGGAUGCUACUUUUCUUUUUCGAGUCUUGCUACUAUAGGUUUUGGAAAUUUAAAACCAGGCUUAUACGCUAGUGCUAUAUCAGCAAAGGCAGAGGAUAUCGCUGUAGGAGUGUGCUGUUUAUACAUAUUGGUGGGAAUUGUAGUAGUAGCUAUGUGUUUUAAUCUCAUCCAAGAAGAUAUGAGCUCAGCGCUAAGGAAGAUCACGACAUUCUGUACGAGCAGUUCAAAAACUCGAGCUGUGCAUAGUAUUGAAAAUUGUGAUGAAAAGAUAUCAAUGGCCUUAGUGUCCUGACAUAGGGAGACGGCAGAGUUGCCGUCAAUAAACUGUCACGAAAAACGAGCGCAUGUGAGCUUCAAAGUUGACAGUUCGAAUCCCACCAAGUUUAACAGUUUACCGCGCAGAAAGUCAUCGUCUUACGGGGAAGAGAGUUUUCAACGGAACAUACCUGCUCGUCGGUCGGCUGGACAAGCUGAACGUUGUGUGGAAUACUUCGUCCCUCGUAGUUUAAGUGAGUUCAAUUUAAGCGGCGCAGGCAUGAAACCUAGCGAAUUAGUCGCUGUAGGAGUGACCUCGCUUGGGGACAGGACACGCGCUCGUCGUGAUAAGAUGGUCACCUUUGAGGACGAGGGCGUCGCUUUGCCUGAAAACCGACCCCUUGCUGAUGAUGUCUUUAUGUAAUUAAUUACUACAUCGUAUAUUUAUAUGUUUGUUGAUUCAGACAAUGUUUGUUAUAUAAUAAUAAACUGAAAGUUUUGCAUUUGGGGAAUUUUUAUUGUUCUCCCAACGAAAGGCUGGGCUCUAUUUAUUUUAUAUGUUACAUCGUUAAGGAUUUAAUAUUCUUAGUCUUAAGCAUGAAGUAUCUGACGAGUAAUUGUAUUUGUUAUUUGUAAGAUUCCAAAAUAUUACCCAAUACAUUGUCUCUUGACUAAUUAUUAGAUCGAUGUUGUUUUAACUCGUUUGUUAGAUUGGUGUACAAAAUAAAAUACAAUAUACCAAGAAAGUGCAGUAAACCAGUGAAUUGAAAAAUACAAUAGUGAUUAAUAUUAAUAUAACUGUUUAUUUGGCUUGAAUAUUUGUUCAAUAGUCGGCUGUAGAAAUUCAAAUACAUUUAUCCGUAAAAUUUGUUUCAAAUUAGUGACUGGAACGAGAUCCAAGACCGAGCCAAGUGGAUCCAGAAUGGGUUAAGGUUGACAACUGGUAUAUUGUUGGUAGAGGGAUAUUAAGUUUUUAUAUAUAAUAAACCAGAUAAACCAGCUAAGCGCUUUUUGUUUAUUUCAAUUGAACUCCUUGGCACAGCAAUUGUUAAUUAGCAUAUUAAAAAUACCAUUUUCAUUAUUUUUUUGUGCUCAGUACUUUGUUCUCGUAUUAAUUUAAAUAUUUAGAUCUUAAGAACACUAAUAGCACUAAAUAAUAUAACCUACAUAAAGUGUAUGUAAAAUAGUCACAAAUAAUUUUUCAGCGAAAAUAGUAUAAUGAGUGAUAACGUUCCCAAUAUUUCAACGACCACUAAUAUUUCAUAAACUCUGUAGGAUUUAAUCACUUGUCAAAAUUUUUAUAUUGGAAAUAUAAAAAUGGAGGAUCUUAAUUUACUUGAUAUUUGUUAUUGUUGUAUUAAUAAAAAAAUAAAUUUGUAACUAUAUUUAAUGUAAGUAAAUAGAAGGUUUAUGAAUAAUGCAAGUAUAAGAUGUAUGUAAAAGAUAUCGGUUAUAGAUAGUAGACAAUAGUGUUUAAGUCUGUAAUACUUAGGUAUAAAAUGAUUAGAGAGUGUUUCUGUUGGUUUUGUUAUUUGUAAAAGAAUUCAAACAAACCCAUGUAUCGUUAAGUAAAGUCGACCAAGCGAGAGACCAAGGCUCGCUGGUCAAAAAAACGAAAAGAUAUUAUCUCUGUAAUAUAUUUUCCUUCUACACUCUUCUUUAUAAGUCAAAACUUCUCAUAGUAAUCAAUGUGCUAUUUAAAGUGUUAUGUCAUAUUAUGUGCAUAUUAAAAUA